AUGCCCUACACUGCGCCGUUGAAGACGUCGCCUUUCGCGCAGCACAUUGAACACUCUCAACCCACUCCCAAUUCCUGCCCCAACUCGCCCACCGUGGUCUCCUCACACCCACCACGGCCACGCCUUCCUCGCUCCUACUCUUCGGCGUCUUAUGUUCGAAGGCAUCGGAGGAGCCCUUCUAAUAGCAAGGCAUUCGUUUUCCCAGACCCAGACUAUCUUGCCAAGCCGGACCAUGUCAGCCACUCCCAGUCGAGUAUCCGGAAGUCUCCUCCACCCUUGAGUGAUGCGGUCAUCCCUCCGGGUGCUCUGAUAUCCCCUCCUGAUUCCGCUCCUAACUCCAGUGAUGAAGAGACGUCGUAUCGACCACAGGGCGAGCUGCAACUGGAUAAGCUGGAGGCAGCUGUAAGGUCGAUUGAGCAAAGAAGAGUGUCCUCUCCAGAGAGACCGGCCGAGGAAAGCAAGUCGUCUUCGAGCAUGGCAUCCUCAACCGUCGACUCUGUUCAACAUACGCGUCCGCCUCUUUCUCGAGAAGCUCGCAAAAUCUCUCAUUCCCGUUCAGCCACGGAAUCUUUAGUAGACCACAAGCAAGAUGAAGUUUUGACUACGUCCCCCGAAGAAAGUGAUCGGGACGAUGAACCUCGUGCAAAGCAUCCGAUGGUACGCAAGAAGUCGGGAGAGCUUGUUCGGCCGGCUCUCCGCCCAGCUUCGGCUCGACGGCGCCCGUCUAGCAUGCCGGGAACGCCAACGUUCUCCAAGGCUGUGCAUUUUGACGCUCAGUUGGAACACAUUCGGCACUUCUUACAGCUAGACAAGCCUCAGGCUGUUAGUGCUGACACAUCGCCCGUCGAUGGCUACGAUACUGCCGGAGAGUUCCCAUUCCGUCCCACACCUCAUGACAACACUUCGGAAUGGGAGAUCACCCUCAACAAUUUUCCUACUAAUGCCUCCUCCCGCACGCAUCAACGUGUUCGACUCGAACGUCUUUUCCUGUCCCCCGACAAGAACACCCUGAUUGGUGUCGUGGCUGUUGCUAACUUGGCCUUCCAUAAGCAUGUCGCAGCUCGUUUCACCUUGGACCAUUGGAAAACCGUAUCUGAGGUGACGGCAGAGUACAAUGAACACUACCGCCAGAGCCAUGGCCACGAUGCUUACGAUAGGUUCUCAUUCAACAUCAAGUUGAACGAUCAGACGAACCUCGAAAAGAAGACAAUGUUCGUUUGCAUACGUUACAAUGUCGAGGGCCAAGAGUAUUGGGACAAUAAUCAUCACAAGAACUUCCAAGUCAAUUUUCUCAAGACUGCGAACACGAAGGUCGGGCAACAGAACACCCAGUCUGCAAAACCUCGCACCUCGCUGCCCCGCAGUAGGAGCUUUGUUGUGUCCAACAGUCGUCCUUAUUCAAUGCCUCCGUCUUUCGACAACUUCUCCGACAUGGAUAAGUAUGUAUCUUUCGGCACUCCCCCCAAAGCUACAAAAGCGAGCGAAUUGUGUGACGACGAACCGCAUGACAUUGAGGUUGCUGCACCCAUUCGCCGUGAUAAGCAAAACCACCAAGUUUUUGGCAACCGUUAUGAUUUUGGGGCAUCAUUGUCGGCGGCUAUGAAAACCAAACCAACUCAAGACCGAACAACGUUGGCCGCCCGAGCCAAAUCACAUAGCACCCCGCACAACCAUCACCAUCACGCUUCAGAGAAGCGGACGAAUUCCCGUGAUAACACUCCCAGUCAUGCAACCGGCAAUGGCCAUCGAACAAAUUCUGUGACCCACCCUAAACCGUCCACCCUGGUAUCAAGCAAACCGCACCGCGAAUCUUCCGUAUACAAAGAGCUUGUGGAUAAAUAUUGUUUCUUUGGCUCUUCAGAUUUCUCCGCGGAGGAGAAUGAUACCACGGCAGUCAAAGACUUUGGAAGCCGAACGAACUCUAGCAGUAGUUCCAGUGCAGGUUCUCCAUGCUCUUCACCUCACAUUGAGGCAUCUUACGGCGCCGAUUCCCGGACUUCUUCUCCAAGUCAUAUCGGAUUCCCCUACCUCCAGAAUAACUUCCUGAAAGAAGCGAGCACGCCUGCUAUCAUCCAGGGAUGA